AUGGUGGUCAUCACGGAUUUCAUCAACCUAUCCAGCGCUGAGACCGUCGCAAUGAAUCCCUCCAGAAGUGCAUCUACUGACGAAUCUGAACCAGCCGCCGUUGCAAAUGGCAGCCCGCUAGCCAAAGCACCCUCUCCACCCGUCGCCAAUGGCAAAGCGACCGCACCCCUCGUCAGCCAGAGCAACCCUCACGGCUCGGGUGUUGCUCAGACCGUCUCGUCGAAAGACCCCAAAGCUGCGGCUGCCGCAGCUAGCGACAUGCGCAAUGUCGUUCGCCGGAAGUUGACAGGCUACGUCGGCUUUGCCAAUCUGCCCAACCAAUGGCACCGCAAGAGUGUUCGCAAGGGCUUCAACUUCAACGUCAUGGUAGUCGGCGAAUCCGGCCUCGGCAAGUCGACCCUCGUCAACACUCUCUUCAACACGUCCCUCUACCCUCCUCGCGAGCGCAAAGGACCCAGUCUCGACAUCAUCCCGAAGACGGUCUCCAUCCAAUCUAUCAGCGCAGACAUUGAAGAGAACGGCGUCAGACUCAGAUUGACAGUCGUUGAUACACCGGGCUUCGGAGACUUUGUCAACAACGAUGAUUCGUGGCGUCCCAUCAUCGAAAAUAUUGAGCAGAGAUUUGAUGCCUACCUCGAAGCCGAGAACAAGGUUAACCGUAUGAACAUUGUCGACAACCGUGUCCAUGCUUGUGUCUACUUCAUUCAACCCACAGGCCACUCGCUGAAGCCUCUGGACAUCGAAGUCAUGCGCCGCCUCCAUACUAAGGUCAACCUCAUUCCUGUCAUCGCAAAGGCCGACACUUUGACCGAUGAAGAGAUUGCCUCAUUCAAGGCGAGAAUUCUGAGCGACGUCCAGCAUCACUCGAUUCAGAUAUUCGAGGGCCCUCGCUACGAACUCGAUGACGAAGAGACCAUUGCCGAGAACAACGAGAUCAUGUCCAAGGUGCCAUUCGCAGUCGUGGGCGCCAAUUACGAAGUCACGAACCCAGAAGGACGCAAGGUCCGUGGUCGUCGCUAUCCUUGGGGCAUCAUUGAAGUCGACAACGAAGACCACUGCGACUUCGUCAAGCUGCGACAGAUGCUGAUCCGCACGCACAUGGAAGAGCUGAAGGAGCACACCAACAACUCUCUGUAUGAGGCCUACCGGUCAGACAAGCUCAUCCAGAUGGGCGUCUCGCAAGAUCCAAGUGUCUUCAAGGAGGUCAACCCGGCGGUCAAGCAGGAAGAGGAGCGCACACUUCACGAGCAGAAGCUAGCCAAGAUGGAAGCCGAGAUGAAGAUGGUGUUCCAGCAGAAGGUCAGUGAGAAGGAGAGCAAGCUGCAACAGAGCGAAGAAGAGCUAUUUGCCCGCCAUCGCGAAAUGAAGGACCAGCUCGAACGUCAACGACAGGAGCUGGAGGAGAAGAAAUCUCGCAUCGAGCAAGGCCGACCGAUCGAGGAGAAGGGCAAGAGAAAGGGCUUCUCUCUCCGAUAA